UCACAGGCGACAUUGGAUUUAGCCUGUAGAAAAGCCCCAUGCUUUGUGAAAUUCUCAGAGAUGGAGACAAUGGCAAAUAUGCGAGCUGAAAUCAAUGAGAAGAAACUGAAAGCUGAAAUUCUGCAGCUGGAGAAGGAGACAGCAGACAUUACUCACCCUUUUUACUUACGCAAAAAAUGCGAGAUGUUGCAAGAUAUGAACAGACACUUGGAAGCCGUACUGAAAGAGAAGAGGGCUCUUAGAAAGAGGUUGAUAAAGCCCAGAUGUCAAGAGAGCCUGCCUAUUGAGGCUACUUUCCACAAGUAUGUAGUAGAGUUGUUGGCUGAGGCUGUGACUUUCAUUGAGAAGCUUGAAAGCCAUUUGCAGACCACAAGAAUCAUCCCUCAGAUACCAAACAUCAUGAAGAAUAUGGACACUGCUUUGACAAAAACAGAGGUGCUCGCGAUGGACUUGGAGGAGCUGGAAGAGCAAAUAUUGAAAUGGAGAGAACUGCAAAAAGAAGUGUAUGCUGACAGCAUCUGCAAUACUGCUGAAUUGGACUUCGGCUUAUCUUUAACCUAA